AUGGCUUCCCAGAAGAUUCUCGCUGCUUUUGUAGCUCUUGCCAUGGUCAUUGGAUCAGAGGCAGGCCCAUGCCGACCUAUCUCAUCGGUAAUAACCAGCGCCACGUUGUCGUCAGUGGUCAUUGAAUCAACAGCCACUGCCACUAUCGACGCCACGUCUACCGUUGAUCACACCUCUGCUGCAACUACCGCAGCCACGGAUGUCACUACCAUUGAGAUUGAGGCAGCUUCCACUGAAGCCACCACGGACGCUACUACUGUCGUCGAGUCUACUUCAGUAGAUAUUGCAUCCACGACAAGCAUAGCGUCAUCUACCACCGAGAUUGCUUCCACCACCACCGCUGCUGGAGUUCCCGUCGAGACUGUAUAUAUCGCAAACGGGGACUUUGAGACUGGCAAUGUAGCCCCUUGGUCUUCCAGCGGUAUUGCCGCAGUCGUCAACGUCGUCAACACUCAAUCUCAUGAAGGGUCUUAUUCUCUUGCAAUGGGGUCACAGGCAAGUGACUACGUCGUCAUGUCUCAGACUCUUGAUAAAUCGCUUCUCGUCGCCAUGCAACCUUAUAAACUCUCUUUAUAUGCCAAGGUCGGCGAUGCUGUCAGAUGCUCCAAUGGUAUUACCAUGUACUUCGAUAACGGCUCGCAGCAAACUGCUUCCGGAACAAGCGUUUAUGUACCAGGUAGCCAGUUGGCCGACGAUUGGGGUUAUGUGGGGGGAGAGUUCACUUUCACGGAGGCUGAACUAAGUGGAGCUGGUAUCAUAAGAUUCGUUUUCAAGACGAAGUGUGGUAAUGGAUACUUCGCCUAUGUCGAUGAUGUUAAGAUGGAGCUUGCGAAUUAA